UCACCAACCACCCACCCAACCAUGUCAUUCGCCCUCGUACUCCCACCACCCCGUCCACACCUAACAACACCCAGACCAAGACGCACCCAUAUGUCUCUCUCUCCUUCUCCUUCUCCUGCUCGUACACCCGCUCCCGCUCCUGCACCUGCGCAUGCACCUAUGCAGGUGCAUGCGCACAAGAGACCGGGAGUGAUCAUGCUCUCCAAACCGCUAGGGUCGUACUCUCAAGAACGGAGAAGGGAACGCAAGUCCAAAGAAGGGGAUAACCAGAACCAAAGAGAGAAGGAGAAGGACAGGGAGUCAAAGUACCCGGUUAGCAUGCCUACGACUCCUACGCCUCUUAUGCCUCGCUCGGAGAACAAAGAAGACAAAAAGCGGAAGAUGAGGCAUAAUCGUACGAGGAGCGCCGUUAACACCCCCAUCCCUACUUCCACUCCCACUCCCGCAGCUGCAGCUGGUACAACGGCUUCCCCUGACCGGCCCACUUCUCCCUCCUCACCCACCCGUCCCCCUCGUACUCCGCCUUCCCCAACUCAGACUCAGACACAGUCUCAGCGUAGGAAAGGCUCGCAGAGACGCAAGACUGCCCGGGCUCUGCAUACACCUGCUAUUAUGCUUGGACCUUCUGCGUCUGCCCCUCAGCUGGAGGACGUCUUCUCCUCCUCACCGUCUUUGCCCCUUGCUGCCGCUGCGCAGGUGCAGGACGCCACCACCACCACUGCUGCUGCUGCUACCGCUAGAUCAGCCCUCGCACAAAGUCUUCGUAACUCGGCAAUCACACCCCCUAUGCAUAUAUCUGACAUCGUGCCAAUCACGCCCGGUUCGGCCCCUGCAAGUGCUUCUCUCCUCUCCACCCCUGCGCCUAUUUCCCCUCCCGCUCCUGUCCCCGUCCCUACGUCUGGUGCGAAUGGUGCGAACCAGAAGAAACGGAAUCUUAGGAAUUCGAUGAUCAAUAUCCCCCUUUCUGCAAACUCCCCCGCUAUAUCCACCCCUGUCAAAGCCAGUACCGGUCCCGGAAAGACAGGCAGCCUGCGGAUCCCCCGCACGCAGAGUCACCCGUUUUAUCAAAUGGACCUCUCCCUCUCACCCUCACCCUCGUUAUCCCGGUCUGUCCCUUCCCAGAGCCAGAGCUUGCGGAUGUAUUCUGGCUCUUCGCCGGUGUUGAGUACUCCUGUGCGCGCUGUCCCCCCCGCCGCCGUUCCCGCUACUGUUCCUGGUCCCCGGACUGGUCCUGGGAGUGGGAGUGGGACAGGGACUGGCGCCCGGCCCCCCCCAAACUCGGAAACGAAACACAAACCGACGCUCUCACUCGCACUCGCUUCUCAUGUUCCCCUGCCGGUGCCGGUGCAGAUGCAGGCUGCUUCGUUGCCUUCUACGCCGUUGCCCAGGCUGGAUAACGCGACUAGUGGCAGUGGGAUGGGCUCGGGCAGGGGUAGUGGCCCGGGCAUGGGUAUGGGUAUGGGGAGUGGGAGUGGAGGGUACUGGAAUCAUGCGAGGGGGAUCACAUUCCCCUCCGCCGCGGGAGGGGUUUUUCCCCCGAUUCCGAUGCCGGUGCCGGGAUCGAUAUCGAUGCAAGAACUGGAAGAAUCAUUCGCUUCGUAUUCCUAUUCUUCUUCUUCGAUGGAGGAUUCUGACCUGUCUGUGGAUGUUGAGGGUAUGGGCACGGAUAUGGAACUGGAGGAACAGCAGGAGGAAAGGGAAGAGAUCGUGUUCUUUGGCCAGAAGGAUAUGGACCGUCUGGACCGGGUGGAUCGGAAGCUUACAGACCGAGCGAGGGGGAAGGGGAAGGAUAAGCUGCCUAAGGAGGUCAGGGAGACGAAGAGGCGUGAGAAAGCAGAAGAACGUGCACUUGCGAAGGAAACCAAGGCAGCCAAAGAAGCUAAGGAACUCAAGGACAAGGAGCCAAAGGACAAGGAGCAGAGGGAGAGGGAACCGAGGGAGCCAAGGGAGAAGGAGCAGAGGGGAAAGAAAAUCGUCUAUGCCGGACCGCAGUUUUAUAAUUCUCCGGCACCGGAUGCGUUGCCCCCUCCGACGUUCUAACCUGCGUGCACGGUUAACGAAGACGAAGGCGAAGGCGUUGGACUCUUUUGACGGUUACUGUUAUUUGGCUCUCUCUGGACUCUCUGGAUUCUCUAGACGUACACCCCUAAACCUCCCCCUGCCUUUCAGGGUUCUGACGCCCUCCUCUUGCACUCCCCACCCCACCCCACCCUACCGCACCUCCCCUCCCGCAUCCCACCCUCCUGCACCCCACCCACCGCAUCCUACCCACCGCAUCCCCCACCGCAUCCUACCCACCGCAUCCUACCCACCGCAUCCCCCACCCCACCCCCCACCCCACCUCAACACACUCGGUGACAACAAUCGACGGCUCCCGGUUCCCGGUUAUCUGGCUCUCUACUAGACCUCAUCCAUAUCCACAUCACAUCCACAUCCACAUCACAUCCACAUCCACCCACCCACCACACCCAACCACCACACCCACCCACCGCACUCAAGAAGCAGGCUAUCCCCCUCUACAGCCAGUAGAUGGCCCCACCUGCUUUCCUCUUUCCUGUUUCUGUAUACCACGGGGCCUGGGCGCCCUGCCCUCGGACGCUUGGUCCUCGGCUCGAUCUGGCCCAUCCACCCGCCACGCUUGUAAAAGUUGUAAAAUCAGUACUUGCAGUCUCCAGUCUCUCCGGUCUCUCUCUGGUGUCUCUGGUGUCCCUGGUCUGUCUGCCUGUCUGUCUCGUUCAGUCUCCCUCUCUGUCUCUCUCUGCAAGCAUCGUGUCUUUUUAUCGAACUGAUCGAAAAUCUGCAAGAUUCCCGAAAUUUUUCCUUUCUCGAAGUUUAGUCGAUCAACCGUCUGCGUCUAUCGUCGGUCGUCCUCGAUCAAGAUUCCCCUCUUCUGUCUCUCUCUCUCUCGCUUUCUCCCACUUAUCGACCAAUCGCUCUGUCGACUGGUCCAAAUCUUCUCUCUAUGAAACCCGGUGAAAACGCGCACCAACCCGACCGACUUAUUCCGAACAAGACCGAUCCUUGAUCCUCGUCCUAUCAAAACCCCAAAGCCCAAAUCGACUCUGCGCUGCCUGCCCCACAGCCGCGCGCGUCUCACGUGUUUCCCUUCCCUUGCGUUUACGUCUCUCUGCGUCUGCGUCCUCGUCAGCUUUUCCUGGGUCAUACAUCGAUCUCUCUCGAGUCUCAGCGUCGUCCUCAUUGGGCAACAGGUCAAGUCUCGAUUCCCCAACCUCCUCGUCCAUCGACCGCUUCAUAUCCUCUACUUAUCUUGUACGAUAGGCCCAACAGGGCACCGUUACCCCCCUCCCCUCGCCUGGGCGCCUUGUCAACCCCGCACGCGCCUCAUCCGCCCGGAGCGGCACGCAACACCCCAGCUCUCUCUGGAUACAUACAUCGCAACCCCAACACUGUAAUUGUGCAAUAUCGUAUCGAAACCCAAACGUUUUAUCCAUAUCGUGGGACAUCACCCUCUCUAGUCUUUAUCUACACCUACAAGGUUUCACCUACCGACCGACCGACGGACUAAGGACGACCGACUGGCCGUCACUAGUACUGGUGGUCUUCUGCUGUUCUACGGAACGCCCCCGCUAUCCGCUAUCCGAGGUCCGCUAUUCCAACCCUGGACUCAUCCCAAGCUCCAAGCCGAGCGUCUCUUGCCGUAUCGUAUCUGGCGUAUCAACCCAGACCGGCUCCCACUCUCCCUCCCUCCCUCCUGCUCCUGCUCCCGCUCCGGCCGCUGUAUGCCAAUAUCUUUCCACACCCGCACCUUGCACCUUGCAUCUUGCACCGCACAACGUACACCCCGGUCCUGGCACGCUCGUUCUCUUCCUCGUUCACCCGACCCGUUCACCCGUUCAUCACCCGUCGCUUCCCCC